CUCCCCCUUUUUCUUCUCUCCCCUCCUCCCCUAUCCGCCCAUCGCAUCCCCCACCCAUCCGCCCGCCUCGGUUCCCUCCACUCGACGCUUCUCCCGCUCCUAACCCCUAGUCCCCCUCCUUCUGCUACUCGCGCCCCCGCCGCCGCAACACCCCCAGCGGCCAGAUCCGAGCGGCAGGGAUCGUCCCCCAUACGGAUCGAGCUCCCGAUCCGCGCAGGGGAGUGGCGGCGCUGGAGCGCCGGGGCCCCGAGAGGCUGGAGACGGAGGAGGGGAGCACUUCCGCGGUGGUAGAUCCGCCGAUCCUGGCGCCCGACAUGGACUCCUCGGUCGAGAAGCAGGGGAGCGGGUCUCCGGAUCCGGACGAGCGCCCGGCCGCCGGCGAGCCCAAGGCCUGCACCGAGUGCCACACCACCAAGACCCCGCUCUGGCGCGGGGGACCCUGCGGACCCAUGUCGCUGUGCAACGCGUGCGGGAUCCGGUACCGGAAGAAGAGAAGGGAGGCGAUGGGCCUCGACGCCAACAAGGCCGCCGGCGGCGAGCAGCAGCAGCAGCAGCAGCGGAAGAAGAAGGCCGCCGCCGCCGCCGCCUCCAAGAGGGAGAGGGAAAAGGGAGCGGAGGCGGACGAGGUCACCGUGGAGCUCCGCACGGUGGGGUUCGGCAAGGAGGUGGUGCUCAAGCAGCGGCGGCGGAUGCGCCGGAGGAGGCGCCUCGGCGAGGAGGAGCGCGCGGCCAUCCUGCUCAUGGCCCUCUCCUCCGGCGUCGUGUACGCCUGACCUCCCCACCCCCACCCACCUAGCAGCCAAGGCACCAAAGGCGAUGAGAGGAAGAGAGCGGCUGCUGAAGCUGCAGAUUUGCUAUAACAUGCAGCAUGAUCUGAGCCCCUAGAGAGAUGCGUCUCUCUCUACCCCUUUUUUCCCCUGGAUCUAUGCUAAGUUUUCCCGGCUAAGUAGUAGUUGGAACAAAAGCGAGUUAAUAAUCGUGUCGUGCUAGACUAGUAGCUGUUCCCUCCCUGUUACCGUUGCUGUUCUUGCCUAGUUGUAAUGUUACUGGUAGUAGUGUGGUAGUAUCUUGUAACCUUGCAAUGUAAGGAGAGCUUAUUGAUCCUCCUCCUCUGUUCUUGCAAGGGAGUAGCAAAGCUCCCGGAUCUGUGCGGCGAUCCUGCGGAAACCGCGGCCGGAAAUGCCGGCCUCGGUGCGCUCCAGUUCAGUUCUUUGCCUGAUCUCUACAGUGACCAGUGGCCACUGCUGAUGACGGCAUGGUUUGUUUCGGCUUCGCUGUGGUCUGAUGUAUGCCUGCGUGGCUGUGUCUGCGUCAUGGUUGACCUGCUGAUGAGGUUUCCUCUGGUGUACGUGGGGCAUCUCAUCUGCUGGUUUUGAAAUGUUUUAAUCCUUGGAUCUGUGAAGUUUGAAAGGUA